CGUGACGUAGCGGUCCCGGAAGCAGCCGAGAGCGGGGUGAACGGCGGUUGAGGAGGCGGCGGCCCCUCGCCGCUGUGGUCGGUAGCUCGGCGCAGCGCCCCUACUUAGCCCGCUUGCCGCGCUCCUCUCCUCUGCCCCCCCGCCGCCUCGGCCGCCGGCCGCCGCCCCCGGGCAGCGCCUGCUGGGGCCAUGUCGCUCUUCCAGUCCGCCCUGGACUUCCUGGCGGGUCCCGGCUCCCUGGGGGCCGCCAGCCGCGACCAGAACGAUUUCGUGGGGCAGACGGUGGAGAUGGGCGACAUGAAGCUGCGCAUCAAGCGAGUCAUCGCGGAGGGUGGUUUUGCUUUUGUCUAUGAAGCUCAAGAUCUUGGAAGUGGCAAAGAUUAUGCUUUAAAGCGAUUGCUAUCUAAUGAAGAAGAAAAGAACAAAGCCAUCAUUCAGGAAGUUUGCUUUAUGAAAAAACUUUCAGGUCAUCCCAACAUUGUCCAGUUCUGCUCUGCUGCAUCUAUAGGAAAAGAAGAAUCAGACACAGGACAGGGAGAGUUUCUUCUGCUUACAGAGCUGUGUAAAGGACAGCUGGUGGAAUUCUUAAAGAAAGUAGAAUCCAGAGGACCUAUCUCCUGUGACACAGUUUUGAAGAUCUUUUAUCAGACCUGCAGAGCAGUGCAGCAUAUGCAUAAACAGAAGCCUCCUAUUAUCCACAGAGAUUUAAAGGUGGAAAACUUGCUUAUUAGUAACCAAGGGACGAUUAAACUUUGUGACUUUGGUAGUGCUACAACUACAGCUUACUAUCCUGACUACAACUGGUCUGCACAAAAGAGAGCACUGGUUGAAGAAGAGAUCACAAGGAAUACAACGCCAAUGUACAGGACACCAGAAAUGAUAGACUUGUAUUCAAAUUUUCCAAUUGGUGAAAAACAGGACAUUUGGGCUCUGGGCUGUAUCCUGUACUUGCUGUGCUUUAGGCAACAUCCAUUUGAAGAUGGAGCUAAACUUCGCAUAGUCAAUGGGAAAUAUGUCAUGCCACAAAAUGACACCCGCUAUUGUGUGUUUCAUGAUCUCAUUCGCUCCACUUUGAAGGUGAACCCAGAGGAGAGAUUGUCAAUCACUGAACUUGUGAAUCAACUGCAGGAGAUUGCAGCAGCUAGGAAUGUGAAUCCUAAAUCCCCCAUCACAGAGCUCCUGGAACAAAAUGGAGGCUACGGAAACAAUACUCAGCCUCGGGCAUCUGUGACCUCCAUUUCACAGAGCUCCAAGCCUGCAGGACAGCUCAACAAUAUGUACAAUGCAGGCCUGACCGUUGCGGAAUGUGACCAGACUUAUGGAGGGUUCUUUGAUAUUCUGAGGGGUGGAACAGAGCGAUUUUUCACUAAUAUUAAGGAUACAUCUUCUAAAGUUAUCCAGUCUGUGGCCAAUUAUGCAAAAGGAGACUUGGAUAUAUCAUACAUCACUUCCAGAAUUGCUGUGAUGUCCUUUCCAGCUGAAGGUGUAGAAUCUGCCAUCAAAAAUAACAUAGAAGAUGUGCGGUUAUGUCUGGACUCUAAACAUCCUGGCCACUAUGCUGUGUACAAUCUCUCUCCAAGAACAUACAGGCCUUCAAGAUUCCAUAAUAGGGUUUCUGAAUGUGGCUGGCCAGCAAGACGAGCACCAAAUCUUCAGAAUCUUUAUAGCAUAUGCAAGAACAUGCAUUUAUGGCUGAAACAAGACCAGAAAAAUGUUUGCAUUGUGCACUGCCUUGAUGGAAGAGCAGCAUCUGCUGUUGUAGUUUGUUCUUUUCUGUGUUUCUGUCGUCUCUUCACUACUGCUGAAGCUGCAGUUUAUAUGUUCAGUAUGAAACGCUGUCCUCCUGGCAUUUGGCCUUCUCAUAAAAGAUACAUUGAAUACAUGUGUGACAUGAUGGCUGAAGAACCCAUUAUUCCUCACAGCAAGCCCAUCCUUGUCAGAUCAAUCGUCAUGACUCCUGUUCCUCUUUUCAGUAAGCAGCGUAAUGGCUGCAGGCCUUUUUGUGAAGUUUAUGUGGGAGAUGAGAGAGUAACCACUACUUCCCAGGAAUAUGACAAAAUGAAGGAGUUUAAAAUUGAAGAUGGGAAAGCAGUAAUUCCACUAGGUAUAACAGUCCAGGGAGAUGUUCUCAUUGUGAUCUAUCAUGCCAGGUCAACACUAGGAGGCAGACUACAAGCCAAGAUGGCUUCAAUGAAGAUGUUUCAGAUUCAGUUCCAUACAGGUUUUGUGCCCCGAAAUGCCACCACAGUGAAAUUUGCCAAGUAUGAUCUGGAUGCCUGUGACAUACAGGAAAAAUAUCCUGAUUUAUUUCAAGUCAAUCUGGAAGUAGAGGUGGAGCCCAGAGACAGACCUAGCUGUGAACAGCCACCGUGGGAUAACAUGAAUAUAAAGGGACUGAAUCCCAAGAUCCUUUUCUCUACCCGUGAGGAACAACAAGAGAUUUUAUCAAAAUUUGGGAAACCAGAGCUGCCUAGACAACCAGGUUCGACUGCACAAUAUGAAGCAGAAGCAUCCCAGCUGGAGCAGUCUUCAGAAAGUGUACCUACUGAUACAGAAUCCCCACACAGCAGUAGUACUGAUGCAAAUAAUUUCUUUCAUUCUCUGGACUGGAAAGAAGGAAAAAGUCCAGAAAGUGGAAUAGACGACAGUUCAUCUAAAAAUGAUCGUGUUCAACUAUCUGAUGACAGGGAGGAGAGUGAUCCGUCAGAUGAGGAAUUCCCUACAUUUCCAGGUGAAGAAAGUGCAGUAAUUCUUGAUGAAAAAGACUGUAUUACUCCAGAAGGAGAGUUGCUUCUUGAAGCCAAUUUUGAAGCUCCAUCUGCACUGCUACAAAAAUCUCUUCCUGAAGAGAAUGUAGACUUACUGGGACUAGACUCUGAUAUUUCACCAGAACAGAAACAACCUAUCUCAGAAAUAAACUUUUCAUCAAGUAAUGCAGACUUGUUGAACAAUCUAUUUGUGGGUAAUGCAUCACAGAUUUCAGAAGAGCCCACUGGAGAUCUUCUUGGACAAGGAGCAGAUUUCUUUUUCAGCAGUCAGUGUCCAGCUGCUACUCAGGGUAUAUCUUCAACAGCAGCCAUGUCUUCAGCUGAUCCUUUUGACCCAUUCACAAUGUCAUCAGGUUCAGAGAAUCAAGCCCUGUCUGGUCCAGACCUCUUUGGGGACUUUCUUAACCCAAGCUCAACAUCUACAGCUAGUACAGUUCCUUCCACACACAAUUCACUUCCACCUUCUUCCAGCUCAGAUUUCUUAAAUUUAGGGAAUCUGAUACCAGAGCCACCUAAAAUACCAUCUUCUACAAGCCACCCAGAUCUCUUGGGUGGAUGGGAUUCUUGGGCAGAUUCCUCAGCAACCAGCAAUGUAGCGUCACCACAGUUGAAGCCUCUUUUUGAAGGUCAAGCUUUUACCACAGGGAGCCAGACCAGUGUGUCUUCAGGCCUGUCUUUCAGCCAGGCUAAAUCUCAGAACUUUGAUCCUUUUGCUGAUCUUGCCAAUCUUGGGUCUGGUCUUCCAGGUCCCUCCAGUGGUGGGCUCUCAAGUAGUGGCUUUGGUCAGAAGACUGUUCCAUCUCAGAAGUUGGGAAAUCAGUGGCAGAAAUCCACAAAACCACAAAGUGCUUCAUGGCAGUCCCAGACUAAAUCCAGCACAGCAGCUAAACCAAAUUACACAGUAAACUUCAGUGUUAUUGGAGGACGAGAAGAAAGAGGAGUCAGAACCCCAAGCUUUGGUCAAAAGCCAAAAGUUUCAGAAAAUGACUUCGAGGAUCUCUUAUCUAAUCAAGGAUUUUCAGCUAAAUCUGAUAAAAAGGGACCAAAGACUAUUGCUGAGAUGAGAAAACAAGAAAUGUCUAAAGAUAUGGAUCCUUUGAAACUCAAGAUUCUUGAAUGGAUUGAAGGAAAGGAGAGAAAUAUCAGAGCGUUAAUAUCCACUCUUCAUACAGUCCUUUGGGAAGGGGAAAAUAAGUGGAAACCAGUCAGCAUGGCAGAUCUAGUAACUCCUGAACAAGUAAAGAAGUACUACAGGAAAGCAGUGCUUGUAGUUCAUCCAGAUAAGGCCACAGGACAACCUUAUGAGCAGUAUGCCAAAAUGAUCUUCAUGGAAUUGAGUGAUGCGUGGUCAGAGUUUGAAAACCAGGGAUCAAAGUCCCUUUUCUAAAGCUUCACCUUUUACAGAACUACUUCUGAAAACUGGACCUGAGCAUUGUUGUGACUUUAUUGCACCAAUGAUUUAUGAAGCGCUUUUCCAUGAUUUUAGCACAGUUUCUAAUCGUGCACUUAAAUGUGGUGAUGUAUUCCGUAAGAUGUAGAGUACAAAGCAUUACAUAGAUGCAUUAAGAAAACAGCUGCUCAGUACUUCAAGAAAUCACAGUCUGGGAGUAAAGAUUUCCUUUCAGUUUUAAAUAUGGUAAAACAGAAUUUCAGUGAAGCUCCGUGAUUUCUGGUAUACUAGUAUUAAUUAUAAAUCAUUCCAAUUUCAUUGAUCUUUGUUUUACCUCUACCUUCCCGAAUUUGUGUGUUACUUUCAGUAGUUUUGUGAUCCAAUUUUGAUGUUUGGUGCCUGUCACCUUAUUCAAAGUGCUUUAGUUAUCAGCAGUGAAUUUGCUUGGCUUAUCUCAAACCUGAAGGUGUAUAUUUUCAUCUGUAUUUUAUGUAAUCAGUCUGAUAAUCAUUCUGUAAAUAAUGUUUUCAGACAAUACCUGUGUUUCUUACAAUAAAGUAACAGUUGUUUAGCCAAAAAGAUACCAAAUGUGGGAUAGUCAGCCAGGGUUGUUCUUGAUUUUUUUUAAAUUUUUUUACAUAUUGUGAAUCUAGAAACAAAUCUUGACUUUAAGGUCUGCACGUUCCUGCUGUUUUGUUAUUUAUUAUGAACCUUUGGAAGGCAGUACUUUGACAAGUACUUAUUUUCCUAGCUCUUUAAAUGGUGUCUUUUGCUUCCAAUUUCAGUGGAACAUUCCUUCCAUUGGACUUCAGAUGCUCUGAUAGAAAUAAUGUUAUUCUGAAACUUGAAGUGUAAGCACAAAACAUUUUACUCUGCUUUGAUUUGUCUGAGUAAAUACUACAUUACUCAUUAUCAUCUGGAGAGUAUUUAAAGUGCUUUAACACAUUUUGCUGCAUGUCUGAACUUCUUGUAUUUUUGAGAUAUGCAUGACAUCAGUGUAUGUGAAAACAUGGGCUGUAUUUGUAGACUGUUGCAUUUCUGCUCAUCUACCUUCCAUGCACUGGCUAGUGCAAGACGAGUAGAGACAAAACUUGAUAGCAAAACUUGCCAUGUUUUCUCAUCCCUGUUCAGAAGGUAGUUUGUGAAUGAAUGCAAAUGACCAAUGACUGUUAUACUCUCUGUAAUAACAAAAUGCAAUUUUCAUAUCAAGUUUGAAAAUGUUGGAAAUUAGUGUUGUGGUAUUAAAGCUUCGGCAGCAGUCUUUUGGAACAGUA